GGUAGGAUCGCUGUGCCAAGAAAAUAUUUUUAAUAAAAGCAACAGUUGACAACCAAGUCCUUCGGUGAAUGUUUGCGUUGCAAUAAGUUGAUUUAUGAUAAAUUCGAUUAGAAAACAAAAAAGUUAAAUCAUGGUGCCAAGUGGAAUGUGGAUAAGUGGCUAAAGUUUACUCGGGUAUUUUAGCCACGCACUAUUUUAGGGUUAUUCCUUGAUCUAACUCUUGUUGAUUUUAUGUGUCAUCAUUUAAUAUCAAUGUUGAAAUACCUACCAAUAUACCCUAAAAUAGUUUCGUGGUUGUCUCGAGUCUAAUUAGGACUGCUUCUUCUGUGAUGAAAUAGAUUUAAGAUGUCAUCUGCUGCUGUUGGAACUCACCAUUCGGGGGUCGGUCCACUCAGUUUGAUGUCCUGUGUGCGCGAAUCGUCUCCUCUUCAAGAUUUCGAUUCGGACCACGAAAAAAAUGUGGCAACGUCAAACAAACGGCGGUUUUGGAACCCGAAGAAGUGGUUCCGACGGAAGAGCAGUAAAGUCAGCAAUGAAGCGGUGGCAGCGGAGACAGUGGAAACAGGCAAGGAUGCGUUGCGUAGCAGGUCCACCAGCGAACUGUCUGUGGUGGAUGAGGGCAGGAGAAGAAGUUCUUCUUCAAUGCACCUAGGGCUGAGUGUUUCUCAUGACAGCGUUUUUCAUUCGCCGAAUUCCGGUUCUGAAAUUGAACUUGAUGCUGCACAAAGCUCAUCUUCGCUAUCAACAUGUCAGCCACAUAUGGAUUGCAGAUUACAGACUGAACUGAAUGCCCGGUUGCGAAUGAGAAGAGGUAGAGAAGAUAAUAGUGAAGAUGAUGAGGGUUUCCCUUAUAGUUCGUGCAAUUCUCCAACCACCUCUGAUGGACUUCUACUCGAUAAGACUGCAAUAAAGGAUCUCCCAGCAAAAUCUCAUAGUACUUGCAGCGAUGGAUCAUUACUUAGUAUGGAUAGUUACGAGAUGGAUGAGGAUUUAUCGGAUCCACAGUCCAGAUAUUCUUCUAAAUUGUCACUGCAAGAGAAAAAGUCUAAUUCAGAUUCAUUAAAUGAAUUUGGUCUGAAGUCAUCAGGAGCACCAUUAAAUCAUAGUGCUGCUCAUCAUAGGGUUGCAGUGAAACCAAAAAGAACCCAUGGUGUGCCACGACGAAAAAAAGGACAACAGUUAUCAUCUGCGCUACCGGUCACACCAGAGGUGAACGAGGAUAGUUCCAUUAGAAGUAUCUCACCAGAAAGCGGUGCUGUUACUCAAAAAGAUGACAACGUGGACACGGAUAUAUUACUGUCAGACACAGUUACCCAAUUAACCGAAGCCCAAUUGAAGUGUUCAUCAUUGCCCCCGAAUAUAAAGGGGGCUAACGAUGUCAUUAAUCUGAAUCGGAGUCUCUCCAGCGCUGGUUCGCAUGAUGAGACCCAAUCCAGGAAUUCUAAUGAGAAGACUGAGGAGAAGCUGUCAUUAUUUGACAGAAUAUUCCCGAGGAAAAGCAACAGGAAGAAGAAAGAUAAGGCUAAAGAAGAACAAGAAGUAGUGAAACAGGAGGAGGAAGUCUGCAAAGAAACUACCCAUAUCAAAAAUGAAAUGACUGACAUAAUACAAACAACUCACGCGACCUCAAGCAAAACUCAAAGCUCUCAUUCUAUCACGAUCUCAUCCACUAAGCAUGAGGUAUCACACUCCGCUACUACUCAUUAUACUGGUUCAUCUUCAAGACAGAGAUUACCACCAAUUGAUAUACCAUUGUCGCCAAGUUAUACGAAGAAGGAUUUGGGUAAUCACAAGAUUGUUUCAGAAAGCAUUCCUAUUGGUAAUCCACAAAUCCAAACUCAGCUCGAAAGUUUUUUCAAGCAAAAACAGAAUCCUCAUUCAUCUAGUCCUCCAAUGGCCCUAUAUUCAAGCUCAGGUGAAUCUUCGCACCCAUUGGUAGAACGUUCGAAGCCUCCUCUAAGCCCGAGAGGUCCAUCAGCUGUUAUGUCAAAACAUGAAGAUACUUCUUAUCAAUCAACAUCUGUUUCAUCGUCUAUCACCAAAAUAUCAGAAAAUAAAUCACGUAAUGAAGAGCUAAGAAGUAAAAUGAAAUUGCCUGGUUUGUCCUCACUGCAACAGCGUGUGCUUUCUUUGAACGAUGACGUUGACGAUGGCUUCAAGUCUUUGACUGACUUUCCGCCGGAAAGUGGUAGAGUAUCAAAGCCUCUGGCGAAAUCGCAAAGUUUCAAGUCUACCAAAGAAGGCAGUACCGAAGCUCAGCGGAAUAACUUGAAACGAACAGCACAGUUUUUGGACGAAGAAAGGAAAGAAAACGUGAAAUCAUCAUUUGUCAAAGCAGUAUCUCUUGAUAGCGUCAAAAAUUUGGAAGAAAAGGGCGAAUUCAAAAGGCCCAAGCGAGAUGUUUAUGAUGGAAAAUCAGAGAACGAAGAAAAUCCUGAAGAAUGUAAUGUUUUCCCGGAUUCAAGCAUAACAAUAUCGGGACCAAGCCAUACUGCUGUGGUGAAUGUGACAAGUGAUAAUAUGGAAGAAUUUAAUAUGAAUAGGAAAGUAGUCGAGGAAAGCUCCUCUGCUGUGUCUGUGAAAGAGCAUACAGUAUCGGUUACUAAGAUCCACUUGAAACAGGAAACUCAAACUAGCCAUACUACAAAUUCAGUAGUCAAGUCACCAGUUCCAGAAUUCAUCAAUAAGCAGUUAAACAAGGUGGACCCAGUACCAGCUAGCAACAUCAUACUUUCGAUAGUAUCUCCGAAAGUUGUUGAAGAUCCAAAACCUAUCUUCACCUUUGAUGAACCUGCUACCAAACCUCCAUCUAUACGUAAAUUCAGCAAAGAAGACGUCGAAAUAAUCGAGAAAAAUGAUCUUCCUGAAAAAUCUGUUACAUCUGAGGCAAAUAUUAAUUUACAACCGAAAUUCAAAAAGAAUGAAAAAUCUUUCCGAAAAUCGUCAGUUACCUCCACAAUAGAAUUUAUAGCGAACGAAAAAAUUUGUUUAAACUAUAAAUCUAGUAGUCUUGACUCUCUAAAAAGUACGUCAGACAAAUCCUCCCAGGAUAGCUUAGAUAUGUUGGUAACUGCGAAAGAGAGAAGCGUUAUAUCAGAGCCAGUGGUUUUGAGAAAGAAAUCGAUUGCAACGAAAAAGGAGGAGGAACCUGAGCUCAUGAAGGUCUUCGCAAGACGUUCGCUGAAGCUAAAAGACUCAGACGUUGAGUCCCUUCAAGACAGUUUGUCAGACACAAAAUCCAGAGACAGCGACAAAGAAAAUGUAACAGGUUCACCUGUGGAAUUACGCAAUGACUGCUUCAAAAAACCUGCUUCGGAUGAAAAAGAAGUCGCAAGGAGAUCCAUUAUAAGAGCGGCAAGCUUGGAGGAAAAGAACUCUAAAGAUCCUUUGGUGGAAAUUAAGUUGAGUGAUAAAACUAGGAAUAGUGAAACGAAUGUUCCCGUGGCAUAUAGGAAGAUGCUAAACAGCAAUCCUUUCCUAGGGCAGAGAGCUAUGAGUGCCAGUACACCAAGGACGGAAACUGCUGUUAAGAAGCAGCUUAGUUUAACUGAAAGACGGAAAACGGAUCAAUGGAUAACUAAAUCCAAAGACGAAGAAGAAAAGGAUGAAAAAUUAUCAGAUGUGAAGAAGGACCUCACUGCGGAAUCAAACAAUUUCAGCAAAAGGAAAGCUGAAUGGGAAAAGAGGGCACAGUUGGCACAGCUGAAAAAGUCACCUUAGUGUUUAGGGAGCCUUGGAUGGAAUACCAUCUGAAAUUAAUAUACAGAUUCUGCAAUGCCUGAAACUGAAUGAAAUUUGUAUGCUGAUAUGGAUUCAACGAUGGCCCCAUUACAGUUCAUCUUGAAGAAACGUAUCAAGAACAAAGAAACUAGUACUUCAUUUCAGACAAAGAUGUGGCGUUAAUGCAUCUGAAGCCACCGAGGGUUUUAAGAACAUUAUCUUGGUUAUAAUAACCAACACCUUUUUGGACAAUAGCUAUGCCGGCAUUGAAAGUGUGAAUUGCCAUUCUGGCUGUGCUAAUCUUAGAAUAUCAUCAAAUACUGUAUCAGUAUCUGAUAGUCACCCAUGUUUGUCUGGCCGAAUCAAACCACAAAUGUUCAACGGUAACCUUCUUCAAGUACAAUUUUGACCGAAACCCUGUAUAAUAAGGAGAAAAAUUGAACAUAUGUGGUUUGAUUCAGCCAGACACACAUGGGGGACUAUCAACAUGAAAGCCACAGGAUAAGUUUCAGAUGUUACUUAUUUGAUAGUUUCGAUUUAAACUAUAAGACUCAGAGCGAUGGUUCAUGACACAUGCGCUACUACAAAUGUGUGAACGUAGUCCCUGGAUGGCCUGGAAAAUGGAUUUUCUUUCUUGUCUUGUCAUACUAAAAGUGGUUGGAUGCACGCCGCAUCUAUACAUUGAACCAUGCUGUGUUAGCUCUGUGUGGGUGUAUAUCAUAAUUGAUUUGUGGGUUUAGAAGAUUAUAAAAAUGUUGAUUAUUCUUUAAUUUAGCUAUUUUUUCUGUAUUUAUUUUGUUUAUUUUUAUGUUUUCAAUUUUUUUAACGUAUGAAAUUGCAUUGCUUUGCAAAUUUCGUUCAUUUUAAGGAUCUCGCGUGUCUUUAUGAAUUUGUAUAUUACACACAUUUUGUAAGAGCUUGAUCGUUGAAGAGUCCAUAUAUUCAAAAAUUAUGGAAAUCCCUAAAGGUUAAUUGCAGAAAAUUGUGAAUUUUUGAAAUAUUAUUGUGACAGUUUAGACGAUUGGAACGAUUUUGUAUUUGUCAAGAAUUUUGAACAUUUUGUGAGAUUCUAAAUGUAAUCAGCAUGUACCAUCAUAUGGUGAGCAAAUGGUUUGGUAUCAACCACUAAAUGGGAUAUUGUAAAGAGGGGGUUUAUUCUGUGAUGAUAAUUUAUGGGCGAAUGCCUUAUACCCUAUACAGUAAAAACGACAUAGGAAAAGUUAAAACCCAACAAAUAAGAUCCUCAAGUCAUCCAUGAAAUUUUAUAUUUUUUUAAUCUAGCUGCUGUGAUUUUUGUGAACAACAUUUGUAACUACAAAAAAUAUACAUGCAUAUUUUCCUUAUUCUCGUGUGCACCACACAUGAUAUGGACCAAAUAAGAGUAGUACUUUGGAAGAUCUUUUAUAAUUUAUUUAUUUUGCUGCACUUGUCAUUUUAUAUUUUUCUAUUUAUUUAUUUUGUGUCGUGUCAAAUUCUUCAACAUCUAUUUUCUUGUGAAUGAUAUCAAUAAAAAAAAACGGAAAAAUUGUGGAAUUAUCAUCACACAUGUUUGCAGCUGAAGGGGAAAACCCAUUAUUAUCACGUCAUUUGAAGUUACGAACUAUCAAGCAAACUCACAGAUGUAAUUAUAAUACUUAAAAAUAUACGAUUGUUACCUCGCACAUCUAUAUGUCAAACCAUUAAUUUUCAUAUGUGAGUUGGCAUGAUUGCGUGUGAGUUUAUGUAACUUAGUAAUAAUGUGUUUCCACCUUCAGUAAAUAAUUACGUUGAGUGAGACUUUGUGGUAUCACAUAUUUGUUGAAACUUCAUAGAAGAAAAAUAAUACUAGUAAAAUAAGUCAUAAAUUAGUGCAUUUAACAGUUACCUAUGUUUUUAAUAUGAUCGAAUAAAAAAUGCAUACAUGAUGGUGGUCAGAUAUUUGUGGUGUAGAUUGUACUGUACCUACUGGGUGUCCCAACCGUGCGAGGACGAAGUAUUGCUCCUUAACAAAAUCUUUUCAAAGAAACAAUUUGUAUAUGAUAUCUGGAGGCAUAUUUCUAGAAUAUUCAUAAUUAUACAGAGCAUCCCAAUGUUGACCCACAUAUCAAAAUUGAUUACUUUAAAAUGGAAUGUCCCACUUUUUUAUUACUUAUUGGGAUAGACCCUUUUGGAAGUAGUAGAUUAUAUAAUAUACUUAUGUGUUUUGAUAAUUAGUUGUUGAGCUAUGGGGUAUUUUUGCCUAAAAAAAUAUCAAAGUUUGAUAGCUAUUUAUUUUUUUCGUUAUUUCUCUAUUCAAACAAGUCACAUCAUCCAUGGAACCAAAAAAACAAGCAAAGUAUUAAUUAGUAAACUUGUUUCACGAGCAUUAUGAAUACAUUACUUCAAAAAUAUAAAAAAAUAAAUUACUUCUAUAGAGUUUCCCAUAUUCUUAGUAUGUUUUCCAAAACAAUUGUGUGUAACACUAUAAUUCUUCCCUAUUUUUUGUUUUGUUCAACCAUCUCGUUUACAGCAAAUGAAAACAUAUUUUCAAAAUUACAAAUUCCACAAAAUAAAGCUAUGUAAUCAUUUUAAAUAAAAACAAAUAUGCUAGGAUUAAGACUAUGUUAGAAGAACUACAGUGGUUGAAUGUGAAAAAUUUCAUAUAUUAUUUAGUACUCGUUUUCAUAUUCAAAUUAAAAAAUCAUUUAUUACCACCACAUUUAGAAAACUUCACAAAACUAAAUAGUCAUUAUCAUAACUACGAAACUAGAAGUAGUACAGAUUUUCAUCUGCAAAAUUGUAGUAGUAGCAUGACUAGUAAAUCUAUAUCUCAAAAGGGAGUAUUUGAAUUUAAUAAAUUGAAUAAUGCUAUUAAAUAGGGUUCGAAUUUAAAAAUGUUUAGGGAGAAAUUAAAAAAUCACUAUGAAUAAUCAAAAUGCAUAGUGAUGUAAUUUUAAUAGACAGGAAUAUAAAAUUGCGGAAAAUGGAUUGAGGAAAAAUAUGUAACCGAAUCAUUAUACAAAAUUGGCAUUGUAGCAUUACUGCUAAAUAAAUCUUCAAAAAACAAGCAAACAAUCUGACUAUACAUUAGAAACCAAGUAAUUCAGUGCUUUUGUGUCAUUAUUACAGAUUGAUAUAAAAUUAUUUUUUUGAGUUGACGCCUAUAAGUAAACUAAGCUAACUAAAAUUUAAACCAUUUGUAUUACAAUAGAAAAUGUUCAAAAAUGCCCCUUGAUGUGGAACACACAAAAGUUUUACACUUUCUAGCGUGCGUUCACUGAUGUUUAGAAGUUAUUCUUGUAUACUUUGCUUCAUUUCGCCUACAUACAUUUCGAAGUUUUUGGUUGUGUUCAACAUCAAAGGGACAUUUUUUAUAGUAGUACAAAUAUUUUAUAUUGUCAUUUUUAAAAAAUGAUUUUUAGAUUAUAGUAUGCAUAAUUAUGAAUUAAUUGAUUCCUUGAUGAAAGCCUGAUUUUAUGUACAGAUUGUCAAUAAUCGUUUUCUUGUUUUUUUGUUUCCAUGGAUGAUGUUUGAAUAGAGAAAUAUCCAAUUUUUAUUAAACAAUUGGAGAUUUGACGCAGAAACCGAAACUGAUAACAGCCUUAUAUUAUGAUAGAGCUCAUGAAAAUGGGGAUUCGAUAGUGCCAAAACACAGGGUGCUUUGCAAAGAAGUAUAUUUUGUGUUUUGGGUCACCUGUAUUGUGUAUUGUACAAAGUUCACUAUUCCAACUAUGAAGAUAGCUGGUACGCAGACGCAAACUUUGAUGUUUUUUUUUUUAGUUAAAAUACCUAAUAGCUUAACAACUAAUUAUCAAAACCCAUAAGUAUAUUAUAUCAGUCUCGUUCCUUUAAAUGGGUCUAUCCGAAUCUGUAAUAAAAAGUGGUGCAUACCAUUUAAAAAAAUAAACUUUGUUAUGUGUGUCAAAAUUGAGACACCCUGUAUAAUUUUGAAUAUUCUGGAAAUAUGUCUCGCAAUACUUCGUCCUUGCACGGUUGGGGCACAUUUGUAUGCUCGAAAAAAACAUCAUUUUGAUAUGUACAUAUACAUACAUAAGGUACACCUAUACUCGUAUUUGCAGGUGUUUCAUCUGAACUUGCAUUAGCUAGCUGUAUGUUUUGAAGUAUCUUGAAAGGAAACAUUGUCAUGCGAAUUAAUUACAUAUAUUUAGUGUUAAUAUACAUAUAUCCGUAAUACUAAUCAUAAAAAAGUAACUGUUUUAAGCGAUUGAAGACAGUUGGCAAUAACAACUUUAAUUCGUUUGCAUUUGUACAUAUCCUAAUGUAUAGUUAAGUGCCUUUUUAAAAGUUUUAUUAUAUACACGAGUGUUGCGUCUGAGAUAUGAGAAAAGAAUGAGCCUUAAUUGGUGCUUAAUGGAAUUUACUUAUUAUUCACUAAGGUUGUUAGCACUUACAUUAUCAAUCAUAAAUGUAGGUUAAGCUUGUUUUGCUCCAAGGAUAAAAGACAUUACACUUACACGUUUGUAAUAGUUGACGUCCUGAAUAUCUAGGAUUGAUACCAACUUGUUCACAUAAACUUAUCUGACAUACAUAUUUAUUCUUACACUAGUGAUAAUUGGAACAAAAUAGACUGAUGGUUAAUACUAUUUUUCGUAUUUCUCUAACUAUAUUUUCCUACUGUAUUCGAAUUUUAAUAUUCCGCUUAGUUAUGAUUUCUGAUGUAAGUGCUUACAUUUGCUGAAAUCUAUACGUAUUAUGUGUAUGAUACACUAUUGUUAAUGGAAAAUAAACCCUAUAGUUUUUAA